AUGAAGAUCUUCAAAGAUAUUUUCUCUGGUGACGAGAUGUUCUCGGACACAUAUAAAUACAAAUUGGUCGAUGGCGUCUUGUACGAGGUUUACGGCAAGCUGAUCACCAGGAAGCUGGGCGACGUAACAUUAGAUGGCGCUAACCCUUCAGCUGAGGAAGCUUCUGAAGGUACCGAAGAAGCCGUCGAGAGUGGCGUGGACGUAGUGCUCAACCAUAGGCUCAUGGAGACGUAUGCAUUUCCCGAUAAAAAGUCAUUUACUCUUUAUCUAAAAGAGUACAUGAAACGAUUGGUGGACAAAAUGAAUGAAAAUGGUAGCACUGAAGUUGAAGUUUUCAAAACCAACAUAAACAAAGUGAUGAAAGAUCUGUUGACGAGAUUUAAGGAUCUCCAAUUCUUCACUGGUGAAAAUAUGGAUAUCGAAAAUGGAAUGGUUGCUAUGCUUGAAUAUAGGGACAUUGGAGAUGACAAUGUUCCAGUAUUGAUGUUGUUCAAACAUGGGCUUGAAGAAGAAAAAUUCUAAACUUAUUACUCGAUUCUUUGUUAAUUUUAUUUACAAUGUAUUCGUUUAAUAAACAAAAUCAGCUAAACCAACUACA